GUCAGAAUGGAGCAUCUGGCAGAGUAUCAUGGGGAAAUCAGUAAAAAAAGAGCGGAAGAGAUCUUGGGUGAGGCAGGCAGAGACGGCAGCUAUCUGAUCAGAGACAGUGAACGUUUACCGAAUUCAUACUGCGCGUGUGUGCUGUGUGGUGAAUGGGUGUACACCUACAGAGUUUUCAAACAAAAGGAUGGCUACUGGACGAUAGAGACAGCUCCUGGGACAAAAGAAAGAUUCUUUAGAAAAGUCAGUAAUCUUAUUUCUGCUUUCAAGAUCCCGGACCAAGGAAUCAUUUGUCCGCUUCUCUAUCCUGUGAAUAAACCAAAACAUCAACAACAACACAAAGAUUAACACCUCACAACACACAAUGUAUAGUUUUGUAUAUUUUUGUAAAUAUCAAUUCUGCAUUUUUUGUUUUUUUGCCCGGAGUCCUUUCUGACCUUCAUUACUCUUCUGCUUUUGUUUUGAAACUCAUGAAAGCUUGUUUCCUCUUUAAAAAUAUCAACAAUUUCUUCUGAUGUCUGUUGUAAAGCCUCUUCAUGAGAUUUAAAGAAAUUAACUUUGCUUUCUAAAGAAUUGUGUGUGAUGAAAUUCAGAGAUAACCAGAUGUACACCCCUGGCUGUUGUUUUUUCAG